CAAAAAAAACAUUUUAGACUUAAAAGGGUUACUGUCACUUAAUUAUAAUCAUAUUAAAUCAAUUUGAACAGAGAUGUCUGAAAACAAUAUGAUGAACUUACACUCAACCUGACAAACUUACAGGAAACAUGAAAGUAGUUGUGCACAUCUUGUCAAAACAUGGAUGGCAUUUUUUCCACCAUUUGCAAUGACACAGACGUAAUUUUAUAAUGGAAAAACUUAAUUAUUUUCAUCAUGAAAGUAUACAUAAAAAUGUCAUUUGGAGCCAAUAUGGUGUUGUUAAACCUUGGAAUAUUUACAAGAAAACUAGAUCAAGUAAAAAUUUUAUCCACAGAUUAAAAAGAUGGUCUGUUCUUGAUGGACAUUCUGGUUGUGUGAACACAUUAUCUUGGAAUACUAAUGGAUACCUUUUACUUACUGGAUCUGAUGACUACUUGUUAAAUAUAUAUAAUGUGUAUGCUGAACAGCUGUUACAUUCUGUUGAAUCUGGCCACCGAGCAAAUAUUUUCAGUGCGAAGUUCUUACCUUGCACAUCUGAUAUGAAGAUUGUAUCAUGUUCUGGAGAUGGUAUGUUACAUUUCAAUGAACUUGGAACACAUUAUGGACAAAAUUAUUUUAAUUGCCAUUCUGGUACUGCGUACGAGGUGAUGGUUACACAAGGUGACCCGAACACAUUUCUAUCUUGUGGUGAAGAUGGAACUGUCCGAAUGUUUGAUUUAAGAACGAAAACAAAAUGUUAUUGUCAGGAAUGUAGCGAGGAUAUUCUCAUAGACUGUAGGCAUGCUGUCACCUCGAUCAGUGUGAAUCCACUAGCACCAUAUGAACUUGCGGCUGGCUGCAAGGAUAGCAAUGUUCGUGUAUUUGAUCGAAGAACGUUAGGCACAAGUUGCGACACUAGAAGUGUCAACAAAAACAGAGGGUGGAUGCCCGGCUUGUUUUCCCGAUUUAAACCGGAGAAGCUAAAAAAAGAUAUGUCUUGUCGUGUGACGUCAUUGCAGUACAGUGAUGACGGUAAGGAUUUACUCGUCAGCUACUGUACUGAUUAUGUCUACGCCUUUACUGUUAAAGAUGGCACAGGAAAAACUAUGGAACUGAAAGAAAAUAGAGGGGAAAGGAUAGACCAGAAUGGUGCAUGUAACGGUCACAUUUCUGAAGGCUCAGAAGAACUGCCUCCUGUUAAACGCCUUCGAUUGCGCGGUGAUUGGUCCGAUACAGGUCCACAAGCUCGUCCAGAGACAGAAGAUGAAAGUACACCAGAAAACACGUUAAUGCAAAGAAUGUCUGAGCUUUUUACUCGAUGGUUGGAAGAUGCUAUGUAUUCCAGUGAAAGACGGACUUCUAACGGUUCUAGUCAAUCUGAUGAAAGCAGAACAGCAGCUCGUUCUAGUGUUGCUGAAGCAUCAGAUGAAACCGGGCAAGACACAUCAACCAAUGUUGUUACCAACCAGCAUGCGACAAACACAGAUCAAAGUGUUACUAAUAACAAUCUUGAAUGUUCGUUAGACAGUGUUGAUGAAAACUGGAUGAUGCAUGACGCGGAUAACGCCUUCGAAAAUGCUAACGAUCCUGCACAAAAGGUGGAUGUCGCAAACAACAGUUUAUAUUCACAAAACAAAACUACAGAAAACGCUCAUGACAGUGAUGCUGUUCAAAGUUCUGUUGAUGAGAAUAUUGUAGCUGAAACUGGCGUGAACGGUAUAGAUGUUUCAUUGAAGUGUCAAACUAGUACAAGUGCUGAUAUAGAUAGUAACGCAAUAAUUGAUGGAAACGAAGAUAAAAGUGUAAAUGACAGUUCUAGUAAGCAAAACGGUUUAAGUGAAACCACUCCUCUUCUGAGCAAUGUUAAAGCAGGUGCUUCAAAUAGCAGCAGUGUCAAUCAACAUUUCACUUUAGAGCAAGGUGAUAACCACUUGGAAGACGUAAGUCAUAACGUAAACAACACUGCAAGUCUAUCAGUGGAUCAUACUCCUUUCGUAUCUGAGGAACAUGGUAUUUCAUCUAGUAACAAUGCGGUAAAUUAUGAGAGGGAGAUAGAAAGACAACAUCUUGAUCGAGAUGUUGCAGCGAUGCGCAUUCAGGGUUUUUUAAAAACAUACAGAAACAGGCGAGGUAUAAAAGAAUGUAAUUAUGCCAUCCCGGAUCGCAUUUAUAUGCCGAAUACUUCAAUGGUUUAUAAAGGACAUAGAAAUGCAAGGACUAUGAUAAAAGAAGCAAAUUUUUGGGGAGAUCAUUUUGUUUUAAGUGGUAGUGACUGCGGUCGAAUAUUUAUAUGGGAUCGUCAUACUGGGGAGUUGGUCAUGUCUUUACAAGGAGAUCGUCACGUUGUCAACUGUGUGCAGCCACACCCAUAUGAUCCAAUUCUUGCUACAAGUGGCAUAGACCGCGACAUAAAAAUUUGGGCGCCGUUAUCAGAACAAGAAGCAGACCUUUCAGAACUAACAGAGAUUGUGAAGCGAAAUGAAAGAAUGUUGGAGGAGAGUCGUGACACUAUCACUGUACCAGCCUCCUUCGUGUUAAGAAUGCUAGCCUCGUUUGGAAGUAUAAGAAAUAGAAGAGACAGCCGCCGGCAAAUGGAGAUGGAUGUAGAAACAGAAGACAUGGACAACGAUAACGAAUUUAGCUAGAAUUUUUAGCUUGUCUAAAACACUCACUUCAUAUUUCGUGUCGCAGCUUUCAGCAAAUUUUCAAAAGCAAUAUCUGUCGUGUGUUUUUUAAAGAUGAAAUAAAACGUCCAAAAGACAUAUUUAAGUAAAUCUCAUCUUAAUUUUUAGUAAAUAAAAUUUGUAACAUAUACAGUAGUAGCCCUGUG